AUGGCGACCGUCCAACAGCAGUCUGCCCAGCAGCAGCAGCAAACGCAACAAUACCCGCAGCAACGUCGACCGUCUCUGGUAUUGUUCCCUUCCAUCGAUCCGAACCCUGCUCGACGUCCACCGAGCCGCAAUCAUACUUCUCGACCAGCCGUUACUAUCCCAAAGACCAAGCAAGGCGCCUCUCCCCAUACACCAACCCCGCGCCAUGACUUCCACGACAUGAUCACCCCGUCCACCGGCACCAGAGCCACCCCCAUCGACUUCCAGGAGAUUCCCAUUAAGAUCGAUCCGCAGCCCGUCCCAAUCGCGGCGCCUGCACCAGUCCAUAUCCCGUACGCGGACCAACCACAACAUCCGAGCAAUUCUGUCCCAUACCAUCGCUCAGGAUCGGCAGCUUCGGGACCGAUCAUCAAUCGCGGUGGGAACAGCGACCCCCAUCCUCCAAGGGCCUCGUCACUACCCCGGCAACGUAGUAAGUCGUCCGCGACACCUCCACCUAGCUUGCGGACCACAUCACCAGGACCACGGAUGCGAGGGCCUUCUCCGACAGGAAGGCGAGGACCCUCUCCAGCCGGAAGGAGGGGAAGGACUGUGUCCCCUCCCAGGCGGAGCAACAGUGACUCCCCGGACUUUGCUCAACAGCUGUCUGCGCCCGUCGAGCGGAUGGAUGUCGGGUUUCCUGACGUGAACGACUCGGCCAUCUCGCUCGGAACGGUGGAAGGAAAGGGCAAGGGCGUCGAAGGGCGGCCGAGUCUAGAUCGUAGUCGACCAGGUUCACGCCCGAGCUUGGAUAGCGCGAGGCCAAGUAUGGAGAGGCGGCGACCUAGUUUCGAUCGAGCAGAGCAACGACCGAGUAUGGAUCAAUAUGUUCCGGUGCAUAGAAGGAGGGCGGUAUCCCCGCAAGUGCCGACUCAGCACUAUGGGGGAUAUACCGGUUCAUAUACGGCGCCUGUGUCUGCGUCGAGCGCCACCAACCGAGUGGACAUUAAGGGCAAGGCUCCUGAUCGAAACGAUAGUGCCGGACCCGGUGCGUCCAACGCCAAUAGCGCAGUCGGCCCGAUGUCAGCAAACGUGUUCACCACCCCUUCAUCAUCGAAACCCAUGUCUGCUGUGUCGCCAGCAACGACAGCGGUUCCAACCCAGCAGAACUCCCCCGAGCGAGGCGCAGAAGAAUAUACCAAAACUCCCGUGUCAGCCGAGGCCCCUCCUAUCCGAUCCAUGUUCCCGCAAUACAAUCAUACACUGCCGACCGCGAUGCAACACUUUCGUGCUCCGCCCGUCCAGCAGCCUUAUGCGUUCCCGAUGGAACAAGGAAACCGGCUUGCGUACCCAGCACAACUAUACGUUGAGCGACCGCGGAGCUCUGCCAUGCCGUACGUCACGCCUGUGCAUGAGGUUGGAGGCUUGUGGGACGUAUCGAACGGCAUGGUCACGCCUCCGAGUACACGGCCUUACUGUUUUAAACUACAUCGCUCCGCUGCCGCAUUGCAUCCCACCAGCGCGAGGACAAGGACAAAAGAAGGACCUGGUCUCAGCUUUGGGCCGAAUGCCCAUCUCCCAUUCUAUAGCAUCGCGCAGUCCUCGUUCCCCGCUGCCGACGAUCCGCUUGGAUCGGAGGAUCAAGAGCAUGAACUGAUCGUAUUCCGUCAUCAUCCUACCCGUCCGGAUAUCCUCCCUAUUGCACAUCUCAGCCUCGUGCCACCGCCUCCGCCCGAUGCAUCCACCACGAAAAGUGGCAGCUUCGCAAUCAACACUCCCUACACUCCCUAUGCCAGUCUUUUCUCGCCGGCAUCUGCUAUCGACCCGCAAGGCACGACCCAGCCCACCGGGAUUAGUGCGCACAUCAGCACUAUCUUCCCGAUCCUUGCGAGCCUUCAAGCACUGGAAAUGGCUGCCGCAAGUCCCAUGGCAAAGCAACUCGCCAUUGACGAUCCAUGUGCUCAGUCGCCGCAAGCCCAGGCACUCGCUCAGCAAGUUGUCGCACAAGCUGCGGACCAAGAGAGCGCAGAUCUCUACUGGUCGAAGACGGGCCCGAAGACAGGGGAGUACGAGCUGCGUCAUCCACGACUCGGAUUUUUCAAGGUCGUGGUAAAAGGCGACAUAUCUCGCACUGCGUUUGGGCCGUCCGAGUCUACCCUUGCUCCCAUGGGCGCCCAAGAGAUCAGCAUCAGUAUUCUCAAACCUGAGGGGGCCCCGAAUCCAACGUCCGCCGUAUCCCCCGCCGCCAACCCAUCCUCUCUCAACGCCGCGGUGACCCCAGAUGUUCCCUCAUCACAGUUUCCCGCACCUCCUGAACCGGCACACACCGGGGGCCCACAACCGCCUAACCACGCCCACUCCCGUAGCAUCCCAACCCUCAAGCUCGACACCAGCUCCCCCACCCUCUCCCGCCCCGCUCCACCACCACCAAUGCCUGGUCCACCUCCUCUCCCAGCGCGGGAGAACCCCCAGGACGGCCCCGACGGGUCCACCCUCGUCCGCCUCGAUCUCGCCACAGGCAUGCUCUCCCUGAACGUGGACGGGAUGAAGAAGCUCCACAACGCGUACGCAUUCGACCUCCUAUCCUCGACCGCAUUCAUCGUCGCGGCAGCCGAGGCGCGAAGGGGAAAGGAUCGGGGUCUCGAGUUCAUGGCGCCGCCAAUCAAGCCGUGGGAGACGGAUCCGUGGAGCCAGGAGGAUCCAACAUCUCGAAAACGACGGUUCAAGACGAAGAAGCCCGCAACCAACGGCAUUGCUGAGGAGAAUCACCACGAUCGCGGUGGUCCAGGGCUCGAGCCCUCCCGCACGUGGCCGACGUCCAGGCAGGAUCUCAAGACGUACGACUGGAAGGGCGAGGUGUUUGAGAUGAUGGAUGGGAUCGGUGGGGAUCUGGGGGUGGAUAUCAAGAAGGAUCGGAAGGGGCGGUCGAAGAUCGUGAAGCGGGAGGAGGGGGAGAAGGAGUUUAGUUGGCCGGUGCGGGUGGUGUUGGGGGUGUUGGUGUUUGCGGCGAAAGUGGUGUGGUGGUUUUUUAAGAUCGGGUGGAAGAUUGUGAGGGGGGUGGGGAAGGUGGUGAUGAAGCGGUUGGAUAAAUGA